UCGAAUAUCUUUUCAAGAUGAUGAAAGAAUUAACAGUUGCUGCUCUUGUUAUAUUGGCUUUAUCAAGUGCAUUUGCCUCACCUAUCCUUGAAUCUCAGCUCCGUUUACAGUCUGAUGUCGCCGAACUUAUUGCAGAUAUAUUCAAAAAUGGAGGAUUGAAAAGGAACAAAUCGCCAAACUUUACAGCUAAAUUGGCACAGAUGCACGCCAUAGGAGGAAUGGGAAAGCGGACUAUAGAAAAAGAAGAUAUAGCUAAAAACCUCCGGUUGCUGAGAGCCUUAAGUAAUGAGUUUGAUCUCAGUGAUACGAAGUCAAUACAGAACAGAAGGCCGAAUCUCAAUCAGGAUGAGCUUUAUGAAGAAGAUGUCCAUCCAUUUCACGAAGGCAAGUAUGAAAAGAGAACUAGAAUGACUUAG